UAACAUGGCCGCCGUUACCACAAGGGGAUGUAGCAGCCACUGCCAGUCCUGUGUACAGCUCUGUCGUUAGCCGGUGUCAUUACCAGCCUGACUCCUGUAGAUGUCGCUGUGUGACGUCCUAGGCAUGAGACCAUGCUGUGCAGAAGGACGGCUGCUGUUGAAUUACGCCGUGAUAAGAGUCACUAGUGGCCGGCGUGACACUUCAGAGAAGCUAUGUGGCGUAGGAGGAAACUGGGAAAGCAAUCCCGAACAGGAUUGGAGGAGCUAAGAACACAACGCAGAGAACGGGAAACAGCUCUAAGGAAAGCACGAAGGCAGCAGCAGCUCAUCAGCAAAAGGCUAUUGCGGGACCUGACAGAUGAUGAUGAUGAUGAGGAGGAGGCGUCUCUGUCAGGAGAGCUGGAGCGAUACGUGUUCUCUGAGCAGCAGGUUGUACAGCUGAUCAGAGAUCUCCAGCAUGGGUCAGCCACCAAGCUGAAGUCUCUCAUUGAUCUCCGACAUGGUCUCCAGCGGAAGGACGUGCAGCUUAUGUUCAUCAGGACAGAAGGCAGCGUGCGGGUCCUGAUUGGACUCUUCACUUGUCAGUUGGCCAAUGUACAGAUGGAGGCUGCUAGGUGCCUGCAUGAACUCUCUCACUCCGAUGAUCCAUCGGUUGCUAAGGCAUGCCUGCCUGCUACCUCGUACCUUCUAACGUAUUUAUCAGGGAGUAGUGCAGACUUCACGGAAUUAUGCCUGUAUACUUUAGGUAACCUUAUUGUGGAAAGUGAGACAGCUAGGAGCCAGCUGCUUCUGCAAGGCCUGUUUCCUGCCUUUGCUCUGUGCACCCAGUCCCCACAUGUGACCGUACUAGAGGCCACCGGAUACGCACUUUCUCAGUUACUGCAGGCAAAAGAAGCCGCUGAAAAAAUUGUUCCAAUCGUUCUAGGUACUGGACUUAUACAGGACAUACUUAGACUACUACUAUCCGAUUCGGAGGAUGGGUUUGGAAUGAUGAUUGAAUUUGCUUGGUGUCUCCAUUAUAUUGUUAGCAGCAAGGUGAAUAACUUGCAGCUGAUCUCACAAGGCGUCGCGUCCAAACUGACACACCUACUUAUAAAGCAAGCAGAACUCGUCACGAAGUCAGCUUUUCCAGGCAUUGAGCUGCUGAUUUGCCCGGUAGUGCGAUGUGUGGGGAACCUGCUAGCUGAAGUCAACACAGGAGACAAAAAGGUCCAGAUCCAAGAUGGCCGCCUGCUCGUGGCCUUGUGCGUUUUCAUGCAGCAUUUUCACAGAGAACAUCCGUUCAUGGUGCGCGAGUGUCUGUGGGCUCUUAAUAACCUGACAGUGGAAGAUCCUAUUAUGUCCUCAGCAAUGCUGACCUUAAACUUGGUGCCGCCCCUGCUGCAGAUUUUGGAUCACUCCCAGGACAUCACUGUGCUGGUUCUCGCAGUGUUAUGCAACCUAGCUGAUCUGGGACCUGCCUACUGCCAGUCUCUACAGGAAAGAGGCGGAUUCUCCCCGCUGCCUCAGCUCCUUGGUAACCUAGAUGCACAGGUGGCGCUGCGCAGUCUGGAUCUAGUGAGCGUCAUCUCCUGUCACUGCCCUGAGGUGGCAGAAACCAUUCUUAUUCAUUCUGGAUUAGAAAUCUCCCCAGUCUGUAAAGAUCCUGAAAUUCAGCAACGAGUGCAAGCGAUAUUGAACUGCUGUAAUAACCCAAUGAGGAGAGAUGACAGCAGCGGCUGUCCAUCCACGGAGUAAGCAGCAGCCUAGACAGAAGAAUAGUGACUGCAGAAAAAAACAAGGACAUAAUUCUCACAUACGUUUAUUGGUGUCAUAUGAAUAAUAAGUCUUUACAAUUUUCUAAUAAACAAAUAAUUUUUCAUACACA